AUGGGAACUGCAUCCUCAUUAGUACAAAACACACAAACCCCUAUUCAAUUCAAAAAAGGCCGAAUUCUACUCAUAGCUCCUGAUAAUCGGCUGUCAAAAAUCGGAAUUUAUUUUGUCCACAUCGUAAAUACAGCGAAAAUGAUAGAGCUUGUAGACGAGUGAGAAGACUUAUUAAAUCGUUAUAAGCAUUCAGCAAACGCAAUUGAGUCUUUAUUAGACGACUUCCAGAAGGGUCCUAAAUUAAGAAAACUCAUUCAGAAAGGAACGCCGUCAAAGUUCAGGUGGGAAACAUGGAAAGCUCUUUUAAAAGCAGGGAAAAAAGUAGAUUCAGAAAAAUAUAUUAAUCUUCCGAUUGCUGGAGAUCCUCACAUUUCAGUGAUUAGAAAAGAUGUAGACAGAGCUUUCCCUCAACAUCCUUACUUUGACCGAUCAAAACAUGGUUACUACGGCCAAACAGCUUUAUAUCGAAUCCUCGGGAAAUUUGCUGAAGAUAAAAAAGACAUCGGAUAUUGCCAGGGGAUGAAUUAUGUAGCAGGAUUUUUAUUAAUGGUUUCAGGCGGGCUUGAAGCAGAAGUUUAUUACUUCUUAGAAGCCUUAUGCAAAAAUUUUCAUUAUUGGGGAUUUGUUUGUGAAGAAAUGCCACUAAUAAAACAAUAUUUAUGGGUCUUUGAUAAGCUUUUUAAGGUGAAAAACAGCAAACUUUAUGAGCAUUUCAAACAGCAAGAUGUUUUAAAUGAUAUGUGAGUGUUUAAAUGGUUUUUAACCUUUUAUACUGCUGUUUUGCCUAAAGAAACUGUUGUACUUUUAUGGGACUGACUCCUUGUAGAUGGGUUGAGAGUAUUAUUUAAGGUAGCGUUUGCAAUUUUAGAGAUGCUUGAAGAAAAGUUACUAAGUAUUGAUGGCUCAGAAAUUUUGAUUAUGCUGAGCAAUAUUGGAGAUUAUAUUCCUACAUGUAAAGAGUUUAUUAAAAUAGCGAAAAAAACUUCUGUGAAUAAAAGUAAAUAUUAUGAUUUGAUAGAGGCAUACAAGCAAAAGAAAAAAAUAAAAAAGCACCCUUACACUUAAUUAACUUAUAUGAAAGCCCGGCCGUAAUUCCCGAAGGACUACCUCUACCCUUAAUGCUUCUCUCGGUUGCUCACAACCAAUCGUAGCAUGACCUUUAAAAAGUUGCUCCUACCGGACGAGGAUGUGCACUCGCUACCUGUAGUUGGAUGAGUUGCUCCACCUUGCAGUACGUCAGCUCCGAAAAUUCGAAAAGCAAAUUUUCUCGGCUAAAAUGGAAAUCCAAAGCCUGGGACGUAAAGCCCAGUUUCACGCUAGGGAGUUGCCCGAUGGGCCUAGUGGAGUGCUUGGCUUUGCUGAGCUUCCCCUUUCCAACCUUGAUUCCCAUUUCACCUGAGGCAAAAACCUGUACCAGAAUGAGCUGUGGUCAACCUAUCCGAUAUUGAGCUCAACCACGCCAAGUAAAAACCUAGCAGGAUAUACUUCACCGAGCGCCAAUUUCCCUUCUGCAAAGUCCACGCUGCCUUUCGGGCUCGCGGCUACAAGUGUUGAGAAAAAGGGCUGAUUCGAUAUAGCCAUUUUAAUGUAUAUAUAAAAAGUCACCCAGAAACCAUUACUAUUAUUGAGGAACCUGGACAUCUUGAAAAUGAGGUGCCUAAUAUUUCUAGAGCUGAUAUAAAGGAAGCGAAUAGACCAGCGGCACUUGAAAUCAAAGAUAAUACACCAAAGGAACCAGAUCUUUUAUUAUCACCACAAAGAAUUCAGCAAGAAAUCACAGAAGAUUUGACAGGAUUCCCAUUCAAAUCAAUAAAAACAGCUAAGAAUAACUAUACUUACACGCCUAAAUAUGAGCCAAAGCGUGAUUCGUUUCACGAAUCUUGAACAGAUGUAAAUACACGAAUAAAUGAAGAUAGCCAUCUGUAUACAUCUGAUGAAGAUUUCGAUGCUGAGGCUCUUUUAGAUCAAUUUCUCAAUCACAGCAACUGGGGGAGUUUUGAGUAA